AUGGUACAAUCUGAAGGGAUAGUUUUUAAAUGUAGUCAAGUUGUGACAAACGUCAGGGCCACAGGUUUAUCACCUCAGAGAACUGGUCAUGUCUGCAAAGGCUUUUCUCAUAAACAUGAGGAUGCUGUUAUGCAUCCUUCAGAACUGUUACCAGGCCAUGAAACACAAAAGAAAAGACCUUACAAAUGUACUGAGUGUGACAUAACCUUUCUUCAGGACUCAGAACUCUCUGGACAUCAAACAAUCCAUACUGGAGGAAAACCAUAUAAAUGCAACGUGUGUGGAAAGGCUUUUAAUCAAACUAGAAAACUUGCAGUUCAUUGGACUAUUCAUACUGGAGAGGAACCACACAAUUGUGAUGUAUGUGGCAAGGCUUUUGUUCAAACUGGAAACCUUGCAGUUCAUCAGAAUAUUCAUACUGCAGAGAAACCAUAUAAAUGUGAUGUGUGUGGUCAGUGCUUUCAACAAAGUACACACCUUGAAAAUCAUCAGAGAACUCAUACCGGAGAGCAACCAUAUAAAUGUGAUGUUUCUGGAAAGGCCUUUAGUCAAAAUGCAAGCCAUGCAGUUCAUCAGAGACUUCAUACUGAAAAGAAACCGUAUAAAUGUGAUGUAUGUGGCAAGGCCUUUAGUCAAACAGCAAGCCUUUCAGUUCAUCAGAGAAUUCAUACUGGUGAGAAACCAUAUACAUGUGAUGUAUGUGGCAAGGCCUUUAAUCAGGAUGGAAAUCUUGGACCUCAUCGGAGAAUUCAUAGUGGUGAGAAACCAUAUACAAGUGAUGUAUGUGGCAAAGCCUUUGGUCAACCUAGAAGACUUAUACUUCAUCAGAGGAUUGAUACUGGAGAGAAGCCAUACAAAUGCAAUGUAUGUGACAAGUCGUUUAGUCAUACUGCAGAUCUUACUGUUCAUCAGAGACUUCAUACUGGAGUGAAACCAUAUAAAUGUGGUGUAUGUGGGAAGGCCUUUCGUAAAAAUGCAAGACGUGCAGUUCAUCAGAGAAUUCAUACUGGCGAGAAACCAUAUAAAUGUGAUGAAUGUGGCAAAUGCUUUAGUGAAACUUCAGGCCUUGCAGGUCAUCGGAGAAUUCAUACUGGAGAGAAGCCAUAUAAAUGUGAUGUGUGUGGCAAGGCGUUUACUCGUAGUGGACACCUUGCUGUUCAUCGGAGAGUUCAUACUGGAGAGAAACCAUAUAAUUGUGGUAUAUGCGGCAAGGCUUUCAGGGUAGGUUCAAGCUUUGCUUCUCAUCAGAGAGUUCAUACUGGAGAGAAACCAUAUAAAUGUGAUGUAUGUGGCAAGGCCUUUAGACAAACCUCAAACCUUGCAGUUCAUCAGAGAUUUCAUACUGGAGAGAAACCAUACAAAUGUGAUGUAUGUGGCAAAGGCUUUAGUGAAACUUCAAGCCUUGCAGUUCACCAGAGAGUUCAUACUGGAGAGAAGCCAUAUAAAUGUGAUGUAUGUGGCAAGGCCUUUAGUCAAACCUCAAACCUUGCAGUUCAUCAGAGAAUUCAUACUGGAGAGAAACCAUAUAAAUGUGAUGUAUGUGGCAAGGCCUUUAUUCAGACCUCAAACCUUGGAGUUCAUCAGAGAGUUCAUACUGGAGAGAAGCCAUAUAAAUGUGAUGUGUGUGGCAAGGCAUUUAGUCGUACUGGACAGCUUGCUGUUCAUCGGAGAGUUCAUACUGGAGAGAAACCAUAUAAUUGUGGUAUAUGCGGCAAGGCUUUCAGGGGACGUUCAAGCCUUGCUUUUCAUCAGAGAGUUCAUACUGGAGAGAAACCAUAUAAAUGUGAUGUAUGUGGCAAGGCCUUUAGUCAAACUUCAAACCUUGCAGUUCAUCAGAGAAUUCAUACUAGACAGAAAUCUUAA